UUUACUACUUGCUCAAACACUAUUUUCCAAGUCACUUGUAAACAUAAGAUUGCUACUUAUCCUCGAAGGUACCAAAAGGAAUGACAACAGUUGGCGCCACAGAAGAUAACCGAAGUGCUGAAAUCACUUGCACAAAAUCACAAGAAUCAAGCGUCAUAAUUAAAGAUGACGAGUGGUUGAUUUCUAUAGAGAAUUAUCAGGUCGACGAAACAACAAAGAAACCCCUAAUAGAAAGGGUUCCAGCACUGCUGCGUAAUCGUAAAUCAUACAAAAAUUGUAUUAAUCCUUCCGUAGUUUCGAUAGGCCCUUAUCAUCAUGGAAAGUCAGAGUACAAAGCAUUCCAGAAGCUAAAAACUCCAAUUGCGCAGAAAUUGUGUCGUUUUAAUGAUAUAUCCGUCGAACGGCUAUACGAAGAGGUGGCAAAUGUAGGUAAAAGUGCCCGCGGAUGCUAUGAAAAAGGCUCGACGGAAGACUAUGAUGAUGAAUUGUUCAACAGAAUGAUGUUUCUUGAUGCUUGCUUUGUGGUUCAUUUUAUGUCCAUCGGACAAGUUCGUCGUGAGGAAAAAGAUGUAACAGAUGCACAACUGGAAAGGAGUUACUACAUUGUAUUGAAGGACUUGUUCUUGCUAGAGAAUCAAAUCCCUUUACUAGUACUAACAGCUUUGAUGAAAUCUGCCUUCAAAAUGCCAAAUGGAGGAGAAGAUAUUAUUAAGGAAUUCCUUGAGCUGUACACAGUAGUGUCACCGAUGGGAAAUUCACGAUCUAAUGCUGUAAAGAAAGUUGUCGCAUAUAUGAAGAGACGCAGCUUUAAAAGUGAUCAAGUACAAAAGAAACGGAAAUUAGACUUCGUUACAAGCCCUCAACUUCUAGAUCUAAUGUGGCAACACCUCAUCUACCCAGUUAUGCAUGACUUCGAAAACCUAGUAACAUUUAUCCGUGAAUCAAAAUCAAAUUUCCGGGAAUCAAAUAUCCAGGAAUCGUAUCGUUCAGUAACCGACCUCAAAUCAGCAGGAAUUAAUUUCAAACCAAGUCAGAGUGGAAGUUUUACUGAUGUAGAAUUCAUACCUCGCUAUAUUGUUGGUACUCUUAAAAUCCUCCAAUCAAGUUUGAUCAUUUAA